AUGUCCAGCUCCUCAGGGGAGGAGUUUAUCCGCAUUAGAAGGCGGGACUUAGAGCGCUUGACCACUGAAGUGAUGCAGAUGAAAGAUUUUUUGCCUCAAAUCCUUAAUCAGGAGCUUGUAGAGACUGUUCAAAGACUGGAACAUGCAGAGACUGCACUUGAAGGGAAGAAUCUGGACUGUGAACAUUUCAGGUGUCGCUUAGAAGCUGCUCAGAGUGAAUGUUUGCAGGAGAGAGAGGAGAAGCUGUCUCUUCUGACCCAGCUGAAUACUGUUGAGUCGCAGUCUAUGCAGCAGGCUGAAUACUGCACUCACCUGGGCGCUACAGUCUGUACCAUGCUUUGGGGUGUGUCUAACAAAGAGGAGGCAGUGCAGAGCAUUCUGGAAGGCGGCAAAGCCAGUAUGUUUUUCAGCAUGGCCGCUCACACAGUGUCCAGUUUUGUUGAGUUGCUGGGAACGGAACAGUCCCGAGAGGAGGAGAGUGAAGAGCAUCACUUUGUCCUGGGAUUGGCUGGAACCAUCACCAAUAUAGCUGCUGUCUCCUAUGGACGUGACUACUUGGUGUCGUCCUGCACAGAUCUACUGGGAACCUGGAUCCAUCUUCUGGGAGAAAUCAGACUGGGGACCUGCAACCGGCUAAGAAUUCUCAUGCUGAUGUCUCUGUACAAUGUGUCAAUAAAUCAGAGCGGUCUCUCCUGGAUGAGUCAGAACAGAUCAUGUAUCAUGCAGCUCCAGAGACUUAUUACAGACCCUGACACGGAGGUAUGCAUGCAUGCUUUGCGCCUCCUCCAGUCGGUAUUGUUGGAGUCAGAUGUUCUGCGUUCCUUAUGGGCCGACCUCAGGACGUCACUACCCAGGAUUAUAGAGCUUUCACAGAGUACAAACCGUCAUCUCCAGGGCCUGGCAUGUGAACUGCUGGAAGAUAUGAAGGCUCUGGAGGUUGAGGGUUGGCCCCAGUCAGAGCACACAUGAUAUAGACACAUGCACAUAACAUGCUGUUAUGAUAUCUUUAUUGCGUUCUCAGCCGUGGUGUUAUUAUAGCUUCAGUUUCUUGUUUUCUACACUCACAGCAAUAAAACCAGACUUUCUAGAGUC